UCCGCGCGUUGCUAAGUGCGGGGAUGACAUGGAUCCAGACGCCGUCAACCGCGGGAAGGGGGAGGCGAGAGUUGGAGCGCGUGGGAGCGCAGAGGCCGGAGGAGGGAGGAGGGACACCGAGCGCGGAGAGCGCGGAGGGAGGCGCGCGCGGGAGCGAACAUCCUCCCGGAUCCAAAGCCGGGCGGCGGCGAAGCAGCAGCUGCGGCCGCGCCCUUGCCAGAGCCCGUGCGUCCGCCUAGCCCCGCUCCGCCUGAGGCCGUCAGGGCUCCCGAGGAUGGAGGAUUCCCAGGAGACAUCGCCGUCCUCCAACAACUCCUCGGAGGAGCUCAGCUCUGCUCUGCACCUGUCCAAGGGCAUGUCGAUCUUCCUCGACAUACUGAGGAGAGCAGACAAAAAUGAUGAUGGAAAAUUAUCCUUUGAAGAAUUCAAAGCAUAUUUUGCAGAUGGUGUUCUCAGUGGAGAAGAAUUACACGAGCUCUUCCAUACCAUUGAUACACAUAAUACUAAUAAUCUUGACACAGAAGAGCUAUGUGAAUAUUUUUCUCAGCACUUGGGCGAGUAUGAGAAUGUACUAGCAGCACUUGAAGACCUGAAUCUUUCCAUCCUGAAGGCAAUGGGCAAAACAAAGAAAGACUACCAAGAAGCCUCCAAUUUGGAACAAUUCGUAACUCGAUUUUUAUUGAAGGAAACCCUGAAUCAGCUGCAGUCUCUCCAGAAUUCCCUGGAAUGUGCCAUGGAAACUACUGAGGAGCAAACCCGUCAAGAAAGGCAAGGGCCAGCCAAGCCAGAAGUUCUGUCGAUUCAAUGGCCUGGAAAACGAUCAAGCCGCCGAGUCCAGAGACACAACAGCUUCUCCCCAAACAGCCCUCAGUUUAAUGUCAGCGGUCCAGGCUUAUUAGAAGAAGACAACCAGUGGAUGACCCAGAUAAAUAGACUCCAGAAAUUAAUUGAUAGACUGGAAAAGAAGGAUCUCAAACUUGAACCACUGGAAGAAGAAAUUAUUGAAGGGAAUACUAAAUCUCACAUCAUGCUUGUGCAGCGGCAGAUGUCUGUGAUAGAAGAGGACCUGGAAGAAUUCCAACUUGCUCUGAAACACUACGUGGAGAGUGCUUCAUCUCAAAGUGGAUGUUUGCGUAUUUCUAUACAGAAGCUUUCAAAUGAAUCUCGCUACAUGAUCUAUGAGUUCUGGGAGAAUAGUAGUGUAUGGAAUAGCCACCUUCAGACAAAUUAUAGCAAGACAUUCCAAAGAAGUAAUGUGGAUUUCUUGGAAACUCCAGAACUCACAUCUACAAUGCUAGUUCCUGCUUCAUGGUGGAUCCUGAACAACAACUAGAUGUUCCUAGACAUUUUCUUUAUGGUUCCAAGUGCAAAACAGGUGUUCUUAUCUAAAAUGUCAAUUAGAAAAUUAUCUGUGGUUGUUAAUCUACUGUAUAUUUUUGUUUGGUAUAUUUACUAAGUGCACUCUUUCAAAACUUAUUCUGUAACUUUAUCAUUCAUGUGAAUUUUAGCUCAAUUUUCAAAGUUCACUAAUAUUCUCAAUAUUUAAUGCUAAAUGCUUUGCUACAUUGUAAUUCACCUAAAACCUUUUAGUGACAAAAUCCUAAUAUGUGGAAAAAAGCAUAUGCAUAAAGGAAUAAUAUUGUGAAAAUGAAGUUGUUAUGAUAAAGAAAAAAUAAAGUGGAAACUUUUAGAGUAUUACUUCAUAGGGCAGAUUUUGUAAACUGUCGUAUACUGUAAAGGGUUAAAUCAGCGUUUUGUGAUUUUUAAGUAACAGAUUUUCUGUGAGUGAAGUUUAUUCUUCAACAAUGUCUACUCCAUCCCCAAGCCAAUUCACAGCCCUAUGACUACUAUCUUUGCAUUAGUUAAAAAGUUAGUAUAUAGGCAUCAAACAACCUUGGCUGUAACCUAUAGAAUCUCUAUCCAUGUAUCAGGUUAUAGACUGGUUUUUCAAAAGUGAACAAUCUUGUGAUAAGUUGGAGUACCAUUUAGUAAUACAGCAACAUUGUGUCAUUUAUUAGCAUCAUAAUUCCUUGUUAUGUAAGUUAAAUACAUCAAGAAAGAAGAGACUAUUGCUCUGGAAAAAUGUGGUUCAAGUUUUAUGCCAUAUAGUUUUGGUAUGUGAUACAGACAGCUAACUUUUCUUAUGAAAAAUACAUAUUUGCAUGUAAACAAUUAUUUCAAAAUACUUCAAAAAUAAAAUUUUAACCCAAAUGAAUAAAUAAGAAAUAUAAAACAAGCACAAAACCUUAGGGAAGUCAUAAAAUAGUAGGGAAAGUAUUAGACAGAAGACAUCUGUUUUCCAAUUUCAACACUAGAAUGACUAAAACUAUCUACCUAUAGAACUAUCUGUAGAUAGUAUACUAUCUAUACUCUGCUCAACAAACUCAGAAAUUAAGUAUUUUUAAUAAUAAAAAUCUGUUCUGGUUAUAAACCCUGCUAACGAAAAUACAAUACAUAUAAAAAUGUAUUGCCAUGUUAUUUUCUAGUAUAAAUUCCUUUGAAACUAUAAGUCUUUGGGGAAAAAUAUAAGGUAAAAUUUUCUUGUUUUUCCCCCUUUGAAAAACUCAGGAAAAAAGGAAGAUUGAAUUAAUAAAAUUUUAUUUCUUAAAUAUAAAUUUGACCUAAAAUAUUUUCUCAAACUAAUUCAUGAAACAGCAACUUUUACCAAUACCUUUGUAUACUCUCAGUUCUCAUUCAGUAUAAAUAAAAUUUUAAAAUCCUUUCACAGUUCUAUUAGAAAUAAGUAGUAAAAUUUGAUAUAUUAUACAUAUACACGUGUGUGUGUGUGUGUGUGUGUGUGUAUUUGUGUGCCUCUGGUCAACUCUAAGGAUGACAGACACUGUGUAACAACACCUGGGUCAACUCUUUUAAUUUAUAUACAAAGCAAAGAACAACACUAAUGGAGAUAUACAAAGAUUAUUCAAACAAGCUAUAUAUAUGUACAAAGGCAAAUAGACACAUAACAAAACAGUCUCUGCAGACUGAUUGUAUAUAGUAAGAAAAGAUCAAAAGACUUUAAAACCUAAAUGACUUUUGACAUACAAACUCUUCUUGAGAAUGUUUGUUGUAAAUGGUUUCAAAAAUACAAAUUAUAGCCAAUCAAAACAUUACUUUGGUUGGUCCAUUUAAGUAUCCAAUUCAAGAAGCAUAUCAAAUCUUUCGGGUACUAGGCAGUUUCCAAAGUAGCAUGGUAGUAUUACUUGUUAAAAGGGUUCUGUUUUCAGUAACAGUACUAAGUGGAAGAGGUCUGCAGAUUCCAAAUUGGAAUAAGCUCUAUCAUAUUCUGAAACAAGAAUUAGAAUGACUUGAGAAUGGGCAAAUAGUAAAGCAAACCAAUAUAAUUAUAUGGUCAUUCUGACCCCAGCUCUUAUACAAAUUAUACAUGUAUUUUUGUGUAUGUUUGUGAGAGUUGUAUCUAUGUGAAUGUGUGUGAGUGUGUAUUCACAUACACGUAUAUACUGGAACCUAUAGUAGAAAAGGAAACUAGUAGGGCCAAAAAAAAAAAAAAAAAAAAAGAAAAGAAAAAAAAAGAAAAAACUGGGACCUAAGUAUAUCUCAUUUUAAAGUAAACAAUGUUUAUAGUUAACGAAGAUUGUUUUCUAUUUAAAAACCCAUUUUCCUAAAGAACAAAGUAGUAAAAUAAAAAAAAUUAAAAAAAUUAAAAAAUAAAAAAAAGAGGUCACUAAAAGACGAAGAUGGGAAACGUAACAUGGAAUACAAGCUUGAAUCUGGGAAACAAGCUCAAAAAACAGUGAAAAAAAACGUACUGGUUUAGGAGUUCAAAAUUCAGUGAAACAAACUUUUUGCCAAUAGACCUAGGGAUCUGAGAAAUAGAAUUAGGGAGAGUUUACACUUACCUAUAUAUCAGCAGAUUUUUCUGGAAGAAACCCUUUUUUUUUUUUUUUUUUUUUUU